UAAAAAGACGAACGAGAGAAAAGAACCUUUCAUCACUGUGUUGUAUAAAAAGUUGUUGAUAGCAGUGGCUUUUUCUCUCCUUGGAAUCUUUAUUCUUCUUCUUCUUUUUCUUUUCUUUUCAUUCACCCAAACCCUAAAUAAGAUUCGUAACUGCAAAACCAAAACCAAAACCCUAAAGGAAUGGCCCUAUCCCGUGGAUCCAUCCUCACUCGAUCAGUGUGGUCCUCUAAUUUGGAAUCGGAAUUCGAGUUAAUCCGAUCCGUCAUAGACUCCUUCCCUCUGAUAUCGAUGGACACCGAGUUCCCGGGUGUUGUCGUGCGCCCCGACACCGGCGACCCCUCCUUUCGCCACCGCGAACCAGCCGCGCACUACGCCGUGCUUAAAGCCAACGUCGACCGCCUCCACCUGAUCCAGAUCGGUCUCACUCUCUCCGAUCAACUGGGAAACCUUCCGACACUCGGCACCUCCAAUGGCUUCGUCUGGGAGUUCAACUUCCGAGACUUCGACGUCUCGCGUGACGCCCAUGCUCACGACUCCGUCGAGUUGUUACGGCGUCAAGGCAUCGAUUUUGAGAAGAAUCGGGAGUUUGGAAUCGACUCGGUCCGGUUCGCCGAGCUUAUGAUGUCCUCUGGUCUGGUCUGCGAUGACCCAGUUAGCUGGGUGACGUUUCACAGUGCCUAUGAUUUCGGGUACCUCGUGAAAUUGUUGACCCAGCGCGCUCUGCCGGAGGAAUUGGCAGAAUUUCUCCGUCUGGUGAGGGUGUUUUUCGGUGACAGAGUCUUUGAUGUGAAGCACUUGAUGAAGUUCUGCUCAAAUCUUCAUGGAGGUUUGGACCGAGUAUGCCAAUCGCUGAAUGUGGAAAGAGUUGUGGGGAAAAGCCACCAGGCUGGUUCCGAUAGCUUGCUCACUCUGCACGCUUUUCAGAAUAUAAGAGAGGUUUAUUUUGGCAAGGCUGAUGGUCUUGUUCAGUAUGCUGGUGUCUUGUAUGGUUUGGAGGUUUUCUAAUUUUCUCGUAUGAAAUAAUAUAUCAGCUUGGUGUAGGUUUCUUUUUCAUCGUUAGUUGUAAAGCAUACACAUUAUGGUUUAUCAAUGUCAUUAGGAGUUAUUAA